GGGGCGCGCGGCGCGCGGGCGGAGCGGAGCGCGGCCAUGGCGGAGUUCCGGGCGCUCGGGCUGGCGCCGUGGCUGGCGGAGCAGGCGCGGCAGGUGGGGCUGGUGCGGCCCACGCCCGUGCAGGCCGCCUGCAUCCCGGCCGUGCUGCAGGGCCGGGACUGCCUGGGCUGUGCCAAGACGGGCAGCGGGAAGACGGCGGCGUUCGUGCUGCCGGUGCUGCAGGCGCUCGCCGAGGAUCCCUACGGCAUCUUCUGCCUCGUGCUCACCCCCACCCGGGAGCUGGCGUACCAGAUCGCCGAGCAGUUCCGGGUGCUGGGCAAGCCCCUGGGCCUCAAGGACUGCGUGGUGGUGGGCGGCCUCGACAUGGUGGCCCAGGCCCUGGAGCUGGCCCGCAGGCCGCACGUGGUGAUCGCCACGCCCGGGCGCCUCGCCGACCACCUGCGCAGCAGCAGCACCUUCAGCCUGGGCAAGGUCAAGUUCCUGGUGCUGGACGAGGCCGACCGGCUGCUGGAGCAGGGCAGCGCGGAUUUCAGCGCCGACCUGGAGCUGAUCCUGGGCGCCGUGCCCGCGCGCCGCCAGACGCUGCUCUUCAGUGCCACCCUCACGGCCACCCUGAGCCAGCUGCGGGCCCUGGCGGCCAACAGCCCCUUCUUCUGGGAGGCCACGUCCCAGGUGAGGACGGUGGAGGAGCUGGAGCAGCGGUACCUGCUGGUGCCCGAGGCGCUCAAGGACGCCCACCUGGUGCACCUGGUGCAGAGCUUCCAGGACCAGCACGAGGACUGGGCCAUCAUCAUCUUCACCAAAACCUGCAAGGACUGCCAGGUGCUGAACAUGAUGCUGAGGAAAUUCAACUUCCCUUCUGUGGCUCUGCAUUCCAUGAUGAAGCAGAAACAGAGAUUUGCAGCUUUGGCCAAGUUCAAGUCCAGCAUCUUCAAGAUCCUCAUCGCCACCGACGUGGCUGCCAGAGGUUUGGACAUCCCUGCAGUCCAGGUCGUCAUCAACCACAACACCCCGGGGCUGCCCAAGAUCUACAUCCACCGCGUGGGGCGGACGGCGCGCGCGGGCCGCUCGGGCGUGGCCAUCACGCUGGUGACGCAGUACGACAUCCACCUGGUGCACGCCAUCGAGGAGGAGAUCAAGCUGCAGCUGAAGGAGUUCUGCGUGCAGGAGCAGCAGGUGCUGGACAUCCUGACCCAGGUGAACGUCACCAGGAGGGAGUGUGAGAUCGAGCUGGAGGGGAUGGAUUUUGACGAGAAGAAAGAAAUCAAUAAAAGGAAACAGAUGAUCCUGGAAGGGAAGGACCCGGAGCUGGAGGCCAGGAGGAAAGCAGAGCUGGCCAAGAUCAGGAAGAAGAACAGGGAGUGUCGGGAGAAGGUGCAGCAGAGCCUGCAGAGGAGGAAGCAGCUGCAGCUCAAGAGGAAACUGCAGAAGAGGAUGGAGAGGAGGAAGAGGAAGAUGGAGAAGGAAAAGGAGGAGGAGGAGCAGUGACGUGCCUGGGCCUGGCCCGGGUUGCCCUGGAAUUGCUGCUGCUUGGGGAAAAUUGGGAUUGAACACAGGAAUGUGGGGAAAAAAUCCAUAUUGGGGAGAAGGGAAGAAUCCCAGACACUGCCAGGGAUCCAGGGGCAGCUCUGGGAGUUCCCUCCCAGGGAAGAGUUCCCCCCAUUCCUGGCAGGAAAUGGAUCCCUCUCCUGGAGAAUUCAGAAUUCCUUUCAAGUGCCAUGGGGACAGAGGUGACACCAACCUCGUGCCCACCCCCCGGGCUAUUUCCUGCAGUGACACUUUUCCUCCCAGAUUUAAAAAAAAAAAAAAAAAAAUUCUCCCAAUAAAAUUUUUCUCCUUAAAAAGUUUUUUUUUCUCCAACAGACAAAAUUUUUCCUCCUAGAACUGCCUUGAACCACAAAUUUUUUUCCUCCCAGAACUGCCUUAAACCACAAAUUUUUUUCCUCCCAGAACUGCCUUGAACCACAGAUUUUUUUCCUCCCAGAACUGCCUUAAACCACGACCCCCCCUGCCCUGAAUUCCCUGGGAAUUCCCUGGGGGUGUGUGUGUGUUUGGGGGUGCCACACGCACAGCCUGUGCUGCCGAGUGUAAACUGAGCACUGCUGCACUCAAAAUAACCUCUCUGAGGAAGGCAGCAGCUGAUCCCACAGCCCAGAUGCAGCAGCUCAGGUCACCCAGUUCCUCAUUAAUGGCAUGAUUUAAUUACAAACCGCCCCCGGGGCUCGUCCCCGGCAGCUCCCAAGACUAAAAGGCCUCGCUGCUUUGCCUCCAUCAAGAAGUUGCUCUGAUAAAAGUUCAGCUCUCAAAGGCAGGCUGGUGAAGAGCUUUGAUGUCAGGCUGUGUAACAACACUGCAGCAUCACCGGGGGCUUCUGGGGAAGGGAAGGACUUG